CUCUUAAAGAAGCAUCAGGUCACAAACUGACAGUCGAGGGCGUUUGGACAAGAGACAGAGACGGAGACGCACGAUGGUUGAAUUCAGACGGAUUAAAAUGACUUUAUUUGUGAUGCUGCUGCUUCAGGUAACAGCAGUAUCUGGACUAAAUCCCUCCAUCCUCACUGUCAGAGCUGGACAUGACGUCACUUUGACGUGUGGAAAUGUGACAAAACAUCAGGACAAAUGUGACGAUACUACCUGGCUCUACAGUGGUAUUGAGGCCACAGCAACACAAUCUCUGAUUGAAUUAGGACAGAUAAAAAAAGGGAUUUCCAAACCUCUAUCUGACAGACUGAGUUUGACAGAAAAUUGUUCUCUGGUUAUAAAAAGUGUCACACAUGAUGAUGUUGGUCUUUACAGCUGCAGACAGUUCAACAAAUCAGAACAAGUUUCAGACGCUCAGGUUGUUCUGUCUGUUGUUAACAUCACUGAACAUAAGAACGAUGACAUAACCAUCUUGUUCUGCGCUGCGUUGUCAUAUGGAGCGUGUAGAUACACAGUGGAGUGGGUGAAUGAGGGUAAUAAGAAUCACCUGGAGACAUCACAGAGUUCCUGUUCAGCCACUGUGAUAUUUCAAACUCAUGUUGAUCAAAAGUUUCUGAAGUGUAACGUGACAGAUCAUGAGCGUGGGACGAUGCUGCUGUGUGGUGUUGACCUCCAGUCCUCGUGUGAGAAAACAGGAAGCAAAUCAGUGGAAGAAAACAUCCCAUCAACAACAGAACAAGGGUUAAGGUGGUUGUACAUCAUUGGGGCUGUGGGUUUAGCAGCACUAUUAAUAAUCGUUGUUGCCGUCAUCAGACAGAAGAAAACUAAAGGGAACCAAACACAGGGGGGUGAAAGAAUGGGACAGGGACUUAACCCUGCAGUGACGCCGCCCGGUCCAGAACCCAGUCAGGACACGGCGGAUCCUGAAGAAGGUGUUUCCUACGCCUCCAUCAGCUACACCAAUAAGACCGACAGUAAAGCCCAGGGUCAGAGUAAAGAGGAUGAUGAAGAUGAUGCCGUGACCUACAGCACUGUGAAAGCUUCUUCUUCUUCUUCUUCUGCUGGAGCGGCGGCGGAUCUCAGCAACCUCUACGCUACCGUCGACAAACCCAACAAAUAAGAGGCCACAGUAUAGUUACAGCUCAUGUCGUUACUCUGAUUUUACUUUGAUAUCUAAUAAGAAAACCAAGUCUGCAGUGCCUUUAAUCCACUCACUGUGUCACUGAUAUGUAAUGAGCACACAAGCAAAAUUGUCUCUGCAGUCAAAAUCCUGGAGAACAUUUAAUAUUUAAUAAUAUUUUGUACAUAAUGCUCUUACCAGAUACAAUACAUUGUUAUUGAUACAUGAAGGAAGCUCAGCUGCAUCUGCUCUUUGUAGUGUUUUAAUAUCUUUUUGCAUUUCAGUUCUUACAUGAACACGUUUUGUUUUGUUUUACAAUUAUUUGUAUGAUCAUUUUCAGGAUUUAUUGCUAUAAUAAGAUGUUCUCUGAAGGGGGUGUAGUAACUUAACUAGCACCACAGCGUAAAAAGUAGAUGUGAGAUAAUAUAAAUGAGAAAAUGUGAAUAACAUAUGAUAACAUAUUUUCCUUUGUAAACGGGCUUAAUAUUGUUUUUUAUUGUAUUAUUAUUUGUGUUUUGUGCGUUUGUAUUUUCUUGCCAAGUUUUGCCCCAAUAGAAUAAACAUAACAUGAAUAAUUUAA